UACCAAGGCACCGAAACUUCAAGGAGGAGCUGGCGAAGACAUCGACUGGGGGAAAGAAGGUGAUCGGCCGGUAAUGGACAAGUCGGCUUUGAAGUAAUCCAUCAGCAGAGAUUGUGUUUCGGACUUCUUCUAUCCCCACAUGGAAUCGCCAGCAAAUUCUCUUACUUCAGAAUUGCUUCAAAGACCUGGCCGUUGCCGCUCCUUGAGGUUCCGGUGAACCGAGAACCAGCAGAUUCCAACUUUUGGAAUGUUUGGAUUGAACAGUGAAGCUCGCCACCGUAGGAUAUAUAAUGCUGUCCAGCAAAAAUGCUUCAAAAUGUCAAUGAGACACUUUUGGCUACAUGGGUGGAUGCAAGCAUGGCUAAGUCUGCAGUAUGGACUGUAAUGUUCUUGCAUCUUCUUUUGCACGUUUUAGGUCAACUACCUGCACCACAGAAUGUAAAAUUAACCUCUGUAAACUUAAAGCACAUUGUAACAUGGAAACCAGGAACGGGUUCACCCCCAGGUACACAGUACACUGUCGAAACUAGUAUGCUAUGGAAUGCUGAUAGAUUCGUUCCAGUGAAAUAUUGCAUCAAUAUUUCGACUCUGUCAUGUGACCUAUCAUGGACUUUUACAUCUUCUAGCCAUCUUUACUGGCUACGAGUUAGAAGUACUACAAGCACAGAUCAAUCCAACUGGGUGGAAUCGAAAGAAUUUUGUCCAGUUCGUGACACCAUCUUGGGUCCUCCGAUCAUCAAUGUGACAAGCAAUAAUCAGAUCAUUGAAGUUAGUCUUGACAUGCCUCUGAUUCCACAAAAAGACAACGAAAAGCUAAACACUCUGAAGAAUAUUUAUACUGAUGUAAAAUAUGUUAUUAUCUUGCACAGCAAAGACGGCUCAGAAUAUGAGAGCGAGAUAGUACGGCCUGAUGAUUCAGGGAAAGGAUACUUUAAGUUUAACAAGCUAAAACCCAUGGUUACUUACUGUGUUACAACAAGGCUUGAAACAAUGACAAAUCCUAACAUGAGGAAUUCAAGGAAAAUCUGCAUAACCACUUCACCUCAAAGUACAAAUGUAAAGUGGAUUGGACCUAUGGUAGCAGCACUACUUUUAAUUGCAGGUGCAUUUACCAUCGCUUUAGUGAUUUGGCUGCUGAAAGAUUUUGCUUGCUUGUGUCUGGCUAAGUCGCAACUUCCUAAAUCUUUGGCCAUUAUUUCUGAGGAGUUGCACGUGCAUCUGCAAUGCAAGGAGUCGAAUGAGAAUCCAGAAGGUGAUCACAUCUCAUUUCUUACAAAUGAUGAAACCUCAAAUGAUUAUCAGUUGAAAUUUCAGAGCACAGAUCCUGCCCAAAACUUACAGCUCACCACAACUGACUGUUCAACUGACAUGAGUGAAAAUGUUUCCUACCUAAGUAAUAGUUUCAGUAGUGGAAGUUAUGAGCAUAACAGACUUCUGAAUGGGCCAGAUGCCUGCACCUAUAGGACUGUGGGUGACCUUCCAAACUACCUAACAUCAUCCUUUGAAGAUAGGGACAGUACAAGCAUUACACAGCAGGACAGCCCUGAAAAUCCAAUGCUCCAUAAUGUACAGUCCUGGUCAAGUUUAAGAGAUGAUAAAGAAGCCAGAAUCAGCAAUGCUAUUGAAAAUGACCCAAUAGGAAAGACUUUGCAAUACAAUUUCAGUUCAUUCCAAGAAACUCAGGUAGAACCCAUGAGCAUAGAGCUUUGGAUGAAUGCUGAUGUUCCUCUAAGUACAGUAAAACUUUGUUUUAAUGAUGACUCUGAUAAAGACGAUUCUGAAGUGGAUGCUUAUGGCGAUGGAAUCUCCAACUUGUUAAAAACCAAAGACUUGUCUUCCCAAUGUACUUGUGACUUGACAACAGCUGAUGAUCAGUCUCGAAAUAGCAAUCUGGAAGAUCAAGAACAAUUCCCAAAAUUAACUCCAUUUAUAAAUGACAAUGAAUUUCAUGGCUUGGGUAAAAAGCCAACCUUUCAUACCUCACCGUCUGACCGUAUGCAACUCUCUGGAUAUGAACCACAUUGAAAAUUGAUUUGAUGUGUAUCAAUGAACGAACGUUUGGGCCUACCUCAAAACCAGAAAAUGUCUUUACAUUCAUUUUGUUUAGGAUAUCCCGACUUUUGAAUUUGGAAGAAAUCUUCAACUUUUUUUCUGGUUUCUAGUU